AAAGGUGAGUGUUUUCUAUCUUAAACUCCUUUUUAACUUUGUACCUAAUAUCCCUUCUGUGCUUUAUCUAUGAUUGGCUAUACAGCAAAGUGCGGUAAGGAAAGAAAGGUAAAGAGCUAUAUAUUAUUAAUUAAUGAGACUUAUUCAGAAAUCAUAUACUUGAAUGUUCUUGGUGGGGUUGCAUUUAUCUGAGUGAAGCAUCUUUUUUCAAACUAUGCUGAUGAGUGAAGCUUGACUUUCUCACUCAAAAAUAUGUUGCACUAAGUCAAGGAUCCAAAGCAUAGAUGUAUGUGCUUGUCUUGUGUGUUAACAUGUCUCUUCUCUCUUUAAACUUGAUUUUCCCCAAAGAGUGAAGCAAAAGAAAAGAUGGGCUUCUUCUGUCAUCCACAUAAGAAGAUUUGCUAGCUCAUCCUUUUCCUGAUAGCGACAACAACUCUUUUAUUUAUACUCCUUGUAAAGGAGACGACACUGUUAUGGCUUCUCUGUCUGAAAUCGUCGAGCAAGAGCUUGGAGCAUCACCGAGAAGCAAGCUUUCAAUAACAAGUGCAAGCAGUCUAGCUACAGUCGCAUCCUUAUCCAUGCCUCUUAUUCAGGAGAUUGUUUUAUCAGCAGACAUCAGAUGUAGUGACGGCCAAGAGAAGAUCGCCGACAUAAUGUCAAGGAUGAUCGAAACAUAUUCAAUAUUGGUGAGUGUAUUGGAGAAGGAAGUGACGUUGACAUGUACAUACUCCGGUGACCGGAGAGUCUCCAAGUCAUAUGGUGAAGCUCUUCUCUGCAAAAUCUCCAUCUUCAAGCGCAGAAUAUUCCCUUCUUCCAGGAAACAACAACUCAAUAGCUCUUAGCUUAGUUUUUUCCUUUUUUGCUUUUAUUAUCAACUUGAAAACAUUUUCAAUUAUGUAAUAUUUGUUUAGAUAUGAUUGUAAAAAAAAAAUAACUCUCAAUAGACAAAGAUUAUUGGGAA